AUGCUCGCCACGCCCGACAGCGCCGAGGAAAACAACGUACAGAUCCGCGACCGCCGAGGGGCGGAGCAGAUAGUUGAGCUCUGGCUGGGCCCCGCAGGGGACCGUGAGCGAUCUCCUCGGAGCGGGCGGGCACCGGAACUCCGGCCGGCGGGCGGGGACCGCGUCGGCCCGGCACAGCGGAUAAACGAGAGGCGGGGCGAGCCGGCGGAGCGCCUUCGCGCCACCGCGCCGCGAGCUCAGCCUGGGGGCGGGGCUUGGGGGCGGGUCCCGCCGCCGCCGCCGUGCCAGUGCGCAGGCGUGGAGGGCGUGCCCCAGCCCAGCUGCCCCGCCCGCUGCCCCAGGACGUCUACUGCGCGCGACGUGCUUCGCCGGAUAAAUGCGGUGGCGCCGGGGCCGUGGGGAGCUUCGGUCCUGAGCGCCUGGGCGUUCGGGCGUCUGGUGGCGUCGGGGCCCGCGCCUGAGCCCGCCCCUGUUCUUCGCUGUGCCAUGGCGGACGAGGGGAAGUCGUACAACGGUCAGUGCUGGUUCUUGGGUCGGGAGAGCGCCGGCGAUCUGGGUCCGGGUGGGCGGCACCGGCCUAGGCCGCAGCACCGGGACGGGAGGCCACGAGAGGCCCGGCUUCCGUGGGCAGCGGUGACGGCGCGGGCCAGGCCGGGCUGGAGGCGAGGGAGCCUCGGGCACCCGCAGGACGCGAGGUGGGCGCCCGAGUUGUUGACUCGGAGAACCCUGGCGUUGGAGGACCUGUGGCUCGGAGCGGGUGGCUUGGGGAUUCCUUACGGCAGAAAGUAUGACAAGGCAUGGCUCCUGAGCAUGAUUCAGAGCAAAUGCAGUGUCCCUUUUACCCCCAUUGAGUUUCAUUAUGAGAACACACGGGCCCAGUUCUUUGUGGAGGAUGCCAGUACUGCUUCUGCUUUAAAGGCUGUCAACUAUAAGAUCCAGGAUGGAGAGAACCGAAGGAUAUCUAUCAUCAUCAAUUCCUCUGCUCCACCCCUUACUGUUCAGAAUGAAUUGAAGCCUGAGCAAGUAGAGCAACUCAAGCUGAUUAUGAGCAAACGAUAUGAUGGUUCCCAGCAAGCUCUUGACCUCAAGGGUCUCCGUUCAGACCCAGAUUUGGUGGCCCAAAAUAUUGACGUUGUCCUGAAUCGGAGAAGCUGCAUGGCAGCUACCCUGCGAAUCAUUGAAGAGAACAUCCCCGAGCUAUUGUCUUUGAACUUGAGCAACAACAGGCUAUAUAGACUGGAUGACAUGUCCAGCAUUGUGCAGAAGGCACCCAACCUGAAGAUCCUAAAUCUCUCCGGAAAUGAAUUGAAGUCUGAGCGGGAGUUGGACAAGAUAAAAGGGCUGAAGCUAGAAGAGUUGUGGCUUGAUGGAAAUGCCCUGUGUGACACAUUCCGAGACCAAUCCACUUACAUCAGCGCCAUUCGCGAACGAUUUCCCAAGCUAUUACGCCUGGAUGGCCAUGAGUUACCCCCACCAAUUGCCUUUGAUGUUGAAGCCCCCACGACGUUGCCGCCCUGCAAGGGAAGCUAUUUUGGAACAGAAAACCUGAAGAGUCUGGUCCUGCACUUCCUGCAGCAGUACUAUGCAAUUUAUGACUCUGGAGACCGGCAGGGGCUCUUGGAUGCCUACCAUGAUGGGGCCUGCUGCUCACUGAGCAUUCCUUUCAUCCCCCAGAAUCCUGCCCGAAGCAACUUGGCAGAGUACUUCAAGGACAGCAGAAAUGUGAAGAAGCUAAAAGACCCCACCCUGCGGUUCCGUCUACUGAAGCACACACGUCUCAACGUUGUUGCCUUCCUUAAUGAGUUGCCCAAAACUCAGCAUGACAUCAAUUCCUUUGUGGUAGACAUAAGUGCCCAGACAAGUACAUUGCUGUGUUUUUCUGUCAAUGGGGUCUUCAAAGAAGUGGAUGGGAAAUCUAGGGAUUCUCUGCGAGCUUUUACCAGGACCUUCAUCGCUGUUCCUGCCAGCAAUUCAGGGCUAUGUAUUGUAAACGACGAGCUGUUUGUGCGGAAUGCCAGCCCUGAAGAGAUCCAAAGAGCCUUCGCCAUGCCUGCACCCACACCUUCCUCCAGCCCAGUGCCCACCCUGUCCCCGGAACAGCAGGAAAUGCUGCAAGCAUUCUCUACACAGUCUGGCAUGAACCUGGAGUGGUCCCAGAAGUGCCUUCAGGACAACAACUGGGACUAUACUAGAUCUGCCCAGGCCUUCACUCAUCUCAAGGCCAAGGGUAAGAUCCCAGAAGUGGCAUUCAUGAAGUGAUCCACAUCAGCCCACAAGAAGCCCCUGUGUAAAUAGCCCGUGGAUAUGAUCAUAUGGUUGCCAUCUGUUGUCUCCUGUCUGGCCCGAGGCCACCUGUGACUGUGACCGAGGGUGGAGCUCCGCAGAGCACCUCUCCUCACCUGCCUUCUGGAAGACUGCGUGGAGACUUCCGGAAGAUUGAGCCUCAUGGUGCCAGGAAGCCAAAGCUUACUUUGUAGAACUGACACUAAACUACCCGAAGGACUUAGGUGCUUUGUGUACUUAGCCCCAGGAUUCCCCUUCCUUUUUAAGAUAAAGAGUGAUAUUGUAUUUUGUCUCCUGA